CAGAAGGCAUGCCCAGUGAACUUACAUUUCAUUGGUUCUGUCAACAUGUUGAUGAGACUCUAGAUAUUAAUGACCCAGCCUCGGCUGACAAGAUCCUCAUCCCCAGUAAAGCUGGAAUCCAUGAAGAAGUUGCGGAUACGACAGUGAAUGGUUGCUUUGGUUCGGGACCCGGACAACUUCAUUUGGAAACGUCUGAAUUGUCUUUCGAUACGUUUGAAGUAGCCGCUUUACAAAUGAAGGAAGGGGUCUAUAUAAUGUCGGUUGUUAUAUCAAAGGACACUAGGAGCGUCGUUUUCCAGCAAACAGUAACUAUAAUCGGAGGCAAAACUGCAGAUGUUUCUUUGAUGUGUGAUGAUACAGUUGGUAAUGGAUGUGGCGGUAAGAAAGUGAACCCGCAACAAAUCUACUCUGUCAUGACCCAAUGUAAUGAGUUCCCAGAUGUGUGUGGUGAAAUUAAGUACGCUUGGGAACUAACACAACGUGUGAAUGGCAAUGAGGAAGAGCAAGACAUCAAUAACUUUGGCUCUUUCACUGAGGACGUUGGUGGUGGCGUUGUGUACUUUGAAGCCAAACCCGAUUCACUUGAAGAGUUAAGUACAUACAUCAUUAGGGUUAGUGCGAGUGUUGAGGGAUUCAUGGAUAGCAAAACUGCAAUUGAAUUUGUAACUACAAGACCACCCAGCGGUGGAACAUGUGCCCCUGACAGGCCUGAAGGUGAGGCAUUGGAAAAAUUUGAAAUCAUGUGUACUGGCUGGGAAGACGAUGAUGAUGCUGGCAAUAUAGUCGAAUUCAAAAAUCCAAGCUUCACAUAUUUCUACCCAGGCCAAGUGAUUGGAACUGCAAACAGAGUGUUAAUCCUGCCACCAGGAAAGGAAGCUGAUGACUAUAAUGUAGAAAUUGAAAUCCAGGUUGCUGAUGAAUUCGGCUCAUAUGCUACAGUCGUAACCCCAGUCAAGGUAACCCCUAAGAGUGGAGCUGCAGAUAGUCUAAUGGAUUCACUGACUUCAUCAUCAGCUUCUAAUUCACUUGUAUCAUUAUCAUCUGUGACAUCAGUAGUUGGCACGUUGAUCUCCAUGGAUGAAGAGGAAGAGGUUGAGGAGGAGGUGGACACUUCAAAAUCACAUAGUGUCUCAGCCUCAAACAAAAAUUCUAUUAC